AUGGGGGAAGUCUCGGUUGGCGUGUUGCUGCGGGCUGGCGCCGACUGCACUGUGCGGAAUCGAGACUUGUCAACGCCGAUUACGCAAGCAAUCAAGCAGAAAAAGUACGACAAUUUAUCGAAACUGCUCUCUUCAGAUUGUGCACAGAAGAAUAUGGAGUAUGCAAUGACAUAUACAAAAGAGGGCGACUUCAAUUCCACUGCGCUUCACCUUGCUUGCGAGUGCAAUUUUCGUGACGCGGCAAAGCUACUUCUUGAACAUGGCGCCGACCCCAACAUCCGCGACAAGCUUGGGAGAACUGCAUUGCACGAAGCUAGUCGACUGGGCAGGGACAAGAUUGUGGGCGCUUUGGUCAACAACCGCAGACCUCGGAUGGAUCUGAAUGCAUUGGAUGAAGAGAGAGGCUGGUCUGCCUUUCAUUAUGCUUGCUGCGAGGGCUCGGACGACGAUUGGCCACCCAAACUAGAUAAGCAUGCCCUUCGUCCAGAGGACAAGACAGAAGUCAUACAUUGUGGUUCGUAUUAUGCUGUCAUUUCCCACCUGGUGGACGCGGACUGGUUCAUACCGGCUGGCAACGGCGACUAUUUUAUGCACCUCGCUGCACAGAAAGGGAAUGUCAAUCGACUUCGCUUCCUUCUGGAAGAGCUCAAGGACGAUAAAGAAGCUAUCCCUCUAUAUUUGAAGGGCGCUGGUGGUCAUUUGCCUUUGGAACGUGCGCUCGAAUAUGAACACGCCGCAGUUGUUGGACUCCUCACUGAUAAGAUGUUCAGCAUUGAGCUCGAUGAGUCGUUUGACAGGGAGAAUUUACUGAUGUGGCUCACCAAAACCCCAGAGACCCGCGAUGUGUUAUCCAAGGUCCUCAGCAAGGAGCUAGUCGCCCAAGGCCGCCGUGGCUUCGGUCCUGAUUUAGAUGCGCUGGGCUGGGCCGCCUAUUCUGGCUCUGCGAGCCUCGUCUGGAGGCUUCUCCAAUGCAGCACGCCCGGCCAAGCACUCGAGUGUAGCAUCAGAGAGGCCAUCACAGCUGCCCACACUGCCAUGAGAGAGCUCGAAACCGAGGACUAUUAUGGGAAGUGUCCUCCGGAAGUGAAUGGAACAGAGGAGACUGGCGCUGGAGACGUGAGUGGUGAACAAGAGAUAAGAAUCGAAAACAAGCGCGCAAUCGAGGUGUUGAGCCCUACUACGGCGACCGAAAAGACCCGAGAGAAGCUCAGGGAUAUAUUGUGCAUUUUGCAUAACCCGCCUGCUACAUCUCGGCCCGCCGUCCGCGACAGCGCACUCAACCAGGGGCCUCAAUUUGACGCGGACAGUCAGCCGUCUCGAUCGGUCUCAGUGAAGGACGCAUUGUACAAGGAAGGGCCCUUCAGCAUCAUGGAGACCGAGAUCAAGGAGAUUAAGAAGCUGCAUGAGCAGUUCGGCGUUAUUCCGGGGGAGCAGACUGGAGAUGGAUUGAGUGAGGGCUCGGCGGCGCCAGAGAUCGCGAGUGAGGGCCUGGCAAGAUCGCUAAAGAUGCUGUGGAUUCAUCUACCCGCGAAUAAUAUGAAAUGGCAUGAAGAUGCAUGUUUAAAGGUCAACUCUGAACUCAAACUCAAAAAUGACGAAGGGAAUCUCCAAUACCUGUGUACCAGUUGGGACGAGGUUAUCGGUAAUGGCCUCCGGACCAACUUGAUGAAGCCUCUCUGCACCACACGCUUCGAUGCUGGUCACCCGAAUUGUGCGGCCAUAUAUGUACAGCUCCAGAAGAUUGAGUCAGUUACUCUGACGCUGGACGAGUACUUUUACCACUCGUGUCGCUGGAUUAGCAUGAAGAGAAUCAUGGAAGCGCGCAACUGUGACCAGAUACUGACCAAGUCCCUCGAGGGGGGCAAAAUGAAGCCCGAGAAACCGGCCAUCUUGGUCCAUGUUGACCAGCUGUGGAUUUGGAUUCCGAAUAAAGACGUCAUCAUCACAUCCGCCACGCACCGGCAAGAUGGCGAAUGUGACCCCGUCUUCGCCGCCGCCUUUGACGCUCUGCAAAAGGCCAUCCGCACCAACGGCAAGAUGCCCAGCGACGCGUUCGAAAUGGCACACUUUAUCAUGGACGCCUGUAGCAACCUGUUCUCCCGGCGGUUCUCCAUGAGCAGCACCAGGGCGCAGAGGUCGUGGUCCCUUUCGGCGGGCGACGGCGACGACCGGCGGGGCGACCGCCAGAGCCGCUCGGAUCGGGUGUCGGGGUUUGGCAGGAGAGGCCUCAAGCGUGAGUAUACCGGGCCGCUCGAGAAACAAGCGCCAGAUCUGCUGUCGCGGGUGUGCAUCAAGGAAGCGUUCACCGCGGCCAUUGCCGAAGCUGUCGCCAUGGAGAUUGAGCUCUACGAGCGGUUUAUCGAACAGCAACGGGGAGCGUCUCAGCACUCGGCCGCACGAGGCGGCCACAACCCCCUGUUGCCCGACGACCGCACCCUGGCCGCCCGGCUGUUCCGCGAGAUCAAGGACAUCCGCGACGAGCUCAAGAUACUGCGGAUCGUUGCCGAGUCGCAGCGGUCGGUGCAAAGGGAGUUUCGCGAUCUGGUGGGCCUCGAACUGCAAAAGAUUGGCGACAAGGAUGUGGUCGAUGAGCUGCACGACUUGGACAAGGCUGUCGAGCAGAUUGAAACAUCGGUCAGCAUAACAUUGAACCUUCAGCAAAAUGCAACCUCGAUCGCGCAGACCGACGUCGCAGUCUAUCACGGGCAGAUUAUUCUCGUCUUCACAGUCGCUACGAUUAUCUUUCUACCCAUGUCGUUUUUCGCUUCCUUGUUUGCGCUCCAAGUCGACUCAUUCCUCAAUACUCCGCGGUGGGCAUUUGGCGUCUUGUACUCUUUCGCCGUCAAACCCCAGGAGGUUAUUCGUCACAAGAAGAGGACUUUCUUUUCGCACUCGCACAAGCACCUUGGAACCGCCCAGCUCCGUGGUACCGGCAGACGCCGCUGGCGACUGGCCUGCACGAUACCUCUUCUCUUGGCCGCUGCUUGCCAAGCGGGCGGCCUCCGCUCCCGCCUCGCCGCCGUCAAGCCCCAUGCAGACGUCCCCGCCGCGAAUGGAAGUGGCUUUUCUCAAUGCUCGUCUCUGGCGGUGGGCGCCUGCUGUGCGGCAGUGGCUCGUGGUUCGUUGGCCGCAGCGCGCUGGCGGCCGGCGCUUGACUUCACCGCUGCCGAGUACAUCUGGCUCGCCCGAAGAGACGCUCACUAUACAGGGCUCCCUGGAAACUGGAUUGGGGCAGAUGAAGCGUGGAAAUGGCAGGUACCGGUUAUAGGGGUGUAG